GGACACUCCGAGUCUUACGCUCACGAAAGACGGAGGGUUGUUGUCGCAAGGGAGCCAUAAUGUGCCAGCUCCUUUUCAAAAUGCGCGAAACGGUAUCCUCUCUUUAGGGCAGCAAAGCAAUAAUGUCGAGCGCUGCCCUCUUCCUAAACGGUGCCGGUCAGGGGGGCCCGGCCCAAGGGGGCACAGACCUGAAAGCCCUCCUUCUGAGGGGCAUCCUUGCCACGCUGUUCCCUCCCCACCAAGUCGGCGCCGCCCCCGUCGACGCCGCUUCUCCUCAAAUUGUGCUGCAAGCCGCGUCCACAAUUGAAGCCCACCAGCUGCUGCGAGAAACUGACAAUGGGACCACCGAAACUGCCCAGAAGCAGCACCAGCGAGCAGUGGACCAAUGGGUCGACCGGCUCUCGGUCAAUCUGGGGGCGCCAGGUGGCGCGAGAUGGGCGGCCGCGUGCCUCGCGGGUCUCACCUGCAAGGAGAUUGGCGCAGAGCGGUUUCUGGCGCUGUAUCAGGGACUAGCUGGGAAGCUCGUCGCAAUGUGGAAGGAAGCGGAGGGAGCGGAAGUGGUGGGGGCAGUGCAAGCGGCUUUGAGCGAUUUGGUGGGCAGGUUGGGACAGCUGGCGGACAUGCCGGGCGUGAGGCGCGAGGGCGCCGGGGUGGUGGCUAAAAUUGUGCAGCCGUUGAUUGGGGCAUUAGGCUCGUCCCCGUCUCAAGACGCUGCCGCCGAGUCGCUCGACCUGCUCAUCGUCUCCCUGCAAAGCUUCCCCUCCCCCUUCCGGCACCACUCCGAAGCCGUCGAGACAGCUGUCAUCAAUCUCCUGCUCAGAGGCCCUUCCGACAUCACGCUACCCAACGCGCCCCCGCAAGUCACCCGCGCUGCCACAGCCCUGGCGCUCCUCCCUGUGGCGGCCGGAGACGCCGCCACCUGGAGCGCCCUGAUUCACCGGCUGCUCAUUGCCCUCAACACGCUGCUUGUGCCAACGCUGUCUGGGUUGGAAAGCCCCGCCUCGUUUGAAACGGCCGCCUCGCUUCUCCUUCCCCAGGGAUCCCCCCCUCCCCCCCCUCUCGGACGCUUUGACUGGUCCUUAUCCAACAUGCCCACCAGCCACUUAUGGCCGCCCACCGUCCCGGUGAUUACGUCAAUCCUGACAGCGACGCGAGCAAUGCUGACGUCAGCUUAUCCGGUCUCCGUCCCCAUACCCGUCGCUCCAAUCUUAGCCCUCGUCGCCCGCUUAUUGAACGUCGUUGGCACCUUAUUCGGUGCGGGCGCUUAUGACGCUCUGAGCGGGGACCGGCAAGCAGCACUUCUGGCGGAGCUGCCAAACCUGCAAAAACUCGCGCUGGAUUUGGCGGUUGCGCUUUUAGCAGGGGCUGGGACGCAUUUACUGCCGCACGGGGAGCAAUUAGCGGGUUUCGUGGGUGACGUUCUGAGGCGGACGUCAGGAGAAGUUGCUGGAAUGUCAGUGCUCAGAGUCCAAGCAUAUAGGGCGGCGGAAGAGACGCUGGCGUGCUUGGGCGCAGGCGUCUCUCUCGUUCUAGCCCCGACUCUAGUUCCCCAUGCCCUCUCCGACCUCCGCCAUGCCCACCGGUUCCUCACUCAGCCCCGGACACCGGACGCCGGCGCGCUACAUCUGUCCGAUAUUCUCCAGCCCCAGGGGGGUGGUUCGACUGGCGGCCGGAAGGGGGGGAAAAGAAGGAAAGGCGGUCGGGAUGGCUCUACCGGGGGGCCUGUGUCCGCGGAAGUGGGAGCGGAAGAGGCGUUCGAAGUGGCGGGGGGAUCCCUCCGGGCAAUCGAGAAGCUGCUCGCUGUGGGCGGGCCCUUGAUUCCCGAGAAGUGGCGGACUGAGCUCGACGCCGCAAUCUUCCACGUGGCACACCUCGCGGCAGGGGGGAUCCCCCGGGCAGGGUCCGGGGCGCUCCGCCUCGCAGCGUGCAGGGCUCUGCUAGCCUCUGUGACGUCACCCGGGAGCCACCGGCCGCCGUACUUGCCGCAAGCGCUCGCGAUCUUCCGAAGAUGCCGUUCGGAAAUUGGUACCCCGGUCGGCGCGUUCAGCACGCACGCACUGCUCGUCCUGGAACCCUUUCUACAUCCUCGUUCCUUGCCGGUCCUCAAACUGCCUGGCGGGUCUCGUUCUGGGGGGGUCCUGCCCGCUGCCGACGCAGCCCCCCGGAACGCGUUCAGUAACGACCCGUGGCAGGAGGCGGAGGCGUGGCUGGGUUACGGUGCGGGGUUCCGGCACGGGCUGGAGCAGUGUGAAUCGGCCCCAGAGGAACAGGAGACGGCCCCGGAGGAGUGUGAAAAGGCUCCCGAGGGGCGAGAACCGUCAGUGCCGCAGCGGGAGGGGGACCUUGAGACGGGGGCCGUUUCACACCACAAGCGAAGCAGGUUAGAGUCCGAUGGAGCUACCCGAGACACCGGUGCUGCGGCUCUAGAGAACCGGGGGCGCGGCGAGGCGGCCAUCGCAGAGCAGACCGGCCGUUCUGCUGACGUCACCAUGUCGGAGGCACGGGAGCACGCUGACGUCAGUACUCCAGUGGCAGGCAAGGGUUCGGGUUCCAAGGGUUUGGACAAUGGGGGCGCUGAGGCGGGGACGACGUCAGUGGACGGGAUGAAGCACGUGGCUCCGAACGAGGGCGGAGGAAAAUAUCUAGAGAAAGGUGGUAAUGAUGCUGGCAUCGGUGCUUCUGGAACGAAACGGUUGCGAGAGGAAGAGGCUGUCGAAAAGGAAGUGCGUAUGGGCGGGGAUGCGGAACCAAGGGUUGAGCCAGGGGCGAAAGAAGCUCCAAACUACUUGAGACCGGGAGACCUGGCGGUGCUGGCCGCAAAGGAAAAGGGAAAGUUGGAAGAUGAGCCCGAUUCGAAAAGUAACGCAGAGCGCGAGAGUGCGGCUGAAGCUGCGCGGAACGUUUUUGGUCUCAUGCCAAGAAAAGGAGGGGACGCUGACAGCGACUCCGAAGGUCCUUUGCCGUCCAUUGUGGACGGGGAUCCAGACGAUGAUGAUUUUAUGUAAUCCGUCAAAACCGCUAUUACUUUCAAAACGGUUCCAACCUGAGGUUGCACCGGAAAGUCAGUGUAGUCCAUGAUCCUCCAUCUGCGGGCUUGGUCAAAGAUCAUACACAAAGGUACGUGGCACCGUGUAGCACACUGGCCGGGCAGCUUCUGCUUGUGCUGGCGUGGCGAUUCCCUGCGGUUCGCGUCAUCUUCUGAGUGCGACUUGAUCCAUG